AUGCACAAGAUCCUCGACAAAGUGACUUCCAAGGUGGACGGCCUGAACCUCGACGGCAAGAAGCAUGCACCGGUGAGCGUUCCCGGGACCAAGGACCCACUCGAUGCCCGCCGCAUCUACCAGUUCCGCAAGCAGCGCGGCGUGAACCUUGGCUCGUGGUUCUCGCUGGAGUCGUGGCUUACGCCCAGCAUCUUCCAGAAUGCAUGCGAGCCGAAAGGCUCCGAGUUUGACGUGGUCAAGAACUGCAACCCCGACGAAGUCCGUGCGCUCCUCGAGAAGCACUGGGCCAACUUUAUUAACGACGGCGACUGGAAGUGGAUGGCGCAGCACGGCGUCAACUCGGUGCGCCUUCCCAUCGGCUACUUCCACUUUUUGGCCGGCGCGGAUGGCGGCAAGCUUACGUCGCUGUUGAAGGGCACCGAGUACGAAAAGUACGCCGCUGUCUACCAAGGCGCGUGGCAGUAUAUUACUGCCGCGAUUGAAAAGGCGCGUGCGCACAACAUCGGCGUGCUGAUCGACCUGCACGGUGCGCCAGGCGCCCAGAACAAGGACGGCCACAGCGGUGUGUCGACUGGCAAGGCCGGCCUCUGGCACGGCCUCAGCUCGGGCUCCAACCAGAAGCUCACGAUCGAGAUCCUCGUCGCCCUGGCCGAGGCCGUGGCGCCGUUCGAGAACGUGGUCGGCCUCGAACUGCUGAACGAGCCCGAGAACAGCUCGGGCCUCGAGUCGUUCUACAACAAGGCUAUUUCCUCGAUCCGCUCGAGCAAGGUGCCCGAGGUCAAGCAGCUCCCGCUGUACCUCGGCGACGGCUGGGCAACCGACCACUACGCCACGUUUGUCGGCGAGAACUCGACGGCUGGCAGCCCUCUGGUACUGGACCACCACGUCUACCGCUGCUUCACGCCGGGCGACCAGAACACUCCCGCCGAGGCGCACGCGCAAAAGAUGGAUCCCAACAGCAACGGUCCUACGUCACAGUGGCUCUCGGGCAUCUCCAAGAAGGCCCACGGCUCGAUCAUCAUUGGCGAGUGGAGCGGUGCGCUGAACCCGCGCUCGUUUGAGCUGAGCCAGAUCCAGAGCAAACUCGAGGCGCGCACACUCUGGACCAAGGCCGAGUGGCACGCGUUUGAGCGCCACACGGCCGGCUACUACUACUGGACGCUGAAGAAGGAAGGCGGCCCUGACCCUGGCUGGUGCUUCUACACGGCGGUCGAGAAGGGCUCGCUCCCUCCGUCGCUCAACCCCCUGCAGGGCCGCACGCCGAACCCCCAGCAGCUCCAGGGACCCGUCGAGCAAGAGUUCAAGGCGGCGUACGACGGCCACGUCAACUACUGGAAGGGCCAGGGCGGCAAGUACGAGCACUGGCGCUUUGAGCAGGGCUUCCGCCUGGGCACCUCCGACGCUUUUGCCUUCCUCCAGAGCGGCUCCGAGGUCGGCUUUGCGCACCAGCUCGCGGACCUGCGUCUCGCAGCCCACGAGAAGGAGACGGAGAAGAGCUCGCUGCUGUGGGAGUUUGAGCAUGGCUACAAGGCCGGCGUCGCGGCUGUGACCAAGGUCAUCUACGCAUAA